AUGAACUUGAAGUCUUAUUGCGGAACUAAACCAUACCUACCGUUACCUACCGUUCCUACCAAACCGAGCGCGGAAGAACAUCAAAGCUUGAAAGCUUCCUGCGGAACCAAAUCAAACCUAUCGAGAAGAUUCGAGAGCCGCAGCAUCGCUGGUGGAAAACCAAUUCAAGGCAAUGAAGCGCCAUGGGCUGCUAAAAUACAUUAUCCUAAGAUUUCGUGUUCUUCGACGAUAAUUUCAUUAAGACACAUUAUGAGCGCCUCACAUUGUCUUAUGUCAAAUAUAACGAAAUUUCAUGACAGCGGGAAUGAUCUGAUUAUCUAUCCAGAAAGCAGUGAACUUACAGUCAGAAACUCAAAUGGAAAGCUACUUUCGGACAAAGUGUCUAAGAUUAUUAUGAUGAAUUUCUGUUUGCACCCAAACGCUCGGUAUGAUGACAUGAUGAUUUGGGAACUCAGCGAGAAUAUCCCAUUUGAUGAUUACGCCUACCCCGCUUGUAUUUCUAGUGGAUUGGGAUACCAGAAACACGAACGGCCAAGGAACCAGGAUGCUGAGAAGUGGAUGUUUCCAGUGAAACCUGGCGUAAAGUUCCGCGAAAUCGGAAACGUCAUUCAGAAGCACGCCAAUGCGAACGGAUUCUCGGUAGUUAAAGGAUACUGUGGACAUGGGAUUCAUCGUCUCUUCCAUAUGGCACCAAAUGUUCCACAUUAUGCUAAAAACAACGCCACAGGAGUGAUGAAAGCUGGAAACUCGUUCAUCAUCGAACCAAUGAUCAACGCCAGAACCUUUUACGAGGACAAGUGGCCAGAUGACUGGACCGCAAGGGAUUGA